AUGGGAAGAACCUCUGGAAAAAAGGAUUUGACUGAUAACGACAAAAGAGCCAUCGUUGUGGGUCGUCAAAAUGGACUGACCAUGAUGACGUUGGCAGGAAUGUUCGGCGUGACAGAGGCGUGCAUUUCUCAGUUCCUAAAGCGUUGAAAAGCUCAAGAUGGCUUUACUAAGAGCCAACGCACAGGGUGAAGUGGGCGAAAGAGCAUCUCAACUGGACCCGUCAAGACUGGAACAAGAUUCUGUGGUCCGACGAAAGCAAGUUCCUCCUCUUCGGAAGUGACGGAAUUCAGUGGGUUCGUAGACCAAUUGGGUCCAGAUAUCAUCCGCAACACCAAUUACUUACUGUAAAACAUGGUGGAAGACCGUUUCGUCGGACCACAGAAUCUUGUUCCAGUCUUGACGGGUCCAGUUGAGAUGCUCUUUCGCCCACUUCACCCUGCCGGCUCGAUUCUUUUCAGAAAUCAGCGGUUUUUUCACUGGACGUCUUCCCAUGACUCCAGCAACAUUCAGACGUCGUUUCACGGACCAGACGAAUGGCGGAUAUGGCGAAUUCAAAAAAACUUCCCGUCUGAUCGCAGGGGCGGUGAGUCUUGGAUUGGUUGUAGACGUCUUCAAAAUGUUUCUAUCGUCAUUACGAUCAGUGACACGUGGUCUUCCAGUGCGUUGGCUCUUAGUAAAGCCAUCUUGAGCUUUUCAACGCUUUAGGAACUGAGAAAUGCACGCCUCUGUCACGCCGAACAUUCCUGCCAACGUCAUCAUGGUCAGUCCAUUUUGACGACCCACAACGAUGGCUCUUUUGUCGUUAUCAGUCAAAUCCUUUUUUCCAGAGGUUCUUCCCAUGUCUGA